UAUUUGUACAAUUCGUUGAAAGAUUGGAUGUUCUAUUUAACUCUGCUAUACCUCGUUGAAUAGAACAUCCAAUCUUUCACCUCAUGAAAUAUUCUACCCCAUUGCACUCAUAAACAUUCAUUAUUUGUAUACUAGUCUAGUGCUCUCAAUAAUACCGGACUGGUGCAUUGCAGUAAGUGAUUUUUUGUGUUAUUCAUUAUUGAAAUAUAUAAUUUUUCUUAUGGUAUUUCAGGAUUUUAAGAAUUAUCAAUACAUGUUACCUCAAAUUCCGGGGAUUAUGAUUCAUAUGCAGAAAAAAGAAACCAGGAUAAACUUUCCUAACAGUAAAUACGAUGAGAUCAUGAAAGUGAUUAGUAAUUCGAAUGAGCAUGUGAUGGCAGUGGCGGCAAACUUCAGCACUGACUCUCACUUGGUGUGCAUCCAGAAUGAUAUGGCAAACUACCAAACGCAAGCCAUCAACAUCCAAAACAAACCGAGGCAAGUUACUGGAGCUAGCUUUGUGGUUUUCAAUGGAGCACUGAAGGCAAGCACAGGCUUAAUAGCCAAAUCCAGCAUAGUGGAAGAUGGAGUGAUGGUGCAGAUUCAGCCUGAUAUGAUGGCUGCGUUCCGACAAAGCCUGAGGGAGAUGAAGGACUUUAGGAUACCGUGUGGACCUGUUGGGGACUCUGAACCAGAGGAAGUUGUUAUUGUGAAAUGGAUAGAAGAAACCAGGAAAGUUAACCAAGGGUCUAGCCCGUUGUUAGCAAAGUUUAGGCCUACCUGCUGCAGUAGGGGCCAGACACGUGCCAUCCGUUGGACGGAAGUUUUCUUUCUGGAAUCGAAAGAAGCAAUAGUGCAACAUCUUGAGCCAGUCGAUCUGAGCCGAUUGGCUGAGACCUUGGCAACCUCCUGCUGCGUGGCAUUGGUACAACACCUGGACAGCCUGAAGGAAUCGGGAAUGGCGAUAUUCGCGCUGCGCGUCAUGGUGGAUGCUGAACGAGUGGGGUAUGAAGCUGGAUCCAACGGCAUAGCUCUUCCUGCAUCUUAUAUGAACAGUCUCGAUAAUGAAAUGAUACCUGUGCUUCACAAUGCUGUCUCGCAGUUUGAAGAUGGCCCUGUUAUCAUGGAACUCAUCUUCCACAUCAUAGACUAAGUCAUUGGAACAAGAGGAAAUAUUAUGAAGGCAACAUUUACACAGGAUGUAUUACAAAAAUGUAUAUUGCAGUUGCUGUUGUGUUCAAUCUAUACCCAGCCACAUAUUUGAUUAAGUGAAGCAAUCUUAUAAACAGAAGAAGUAUACAGUAUAUAUAUAUAUAUAUUUCACUGACUGACUUAAAUUAGCCCAUCCUUAAGGUUAGAUUUGGGGUACGCCCUCACUUAUCACAAAAAUACUGUAUAAAAGAAUAUGUUUUCUACCGGUUUAAUAUCCAUUGUCUAAACAGAAACUUAUUUAUAUAUUUAACAUUUAUCUUUUGAUGGAAAUAUUCUUAAUUAUAAUGCGUAACAUCAUUUCCAAUUAAAUAUAUUUCUAAUUUUUAAAAAAGUAUUCAUUAAAAUAAUAAGAUGAAAUAAUGGAAAUAUUUGUAGAAAGUACUGAUUGUUUUUUUAUACUUAGAUAACAUAUAUUUCUAUAGCUCAGAAUGAACUUGUUAAAUGUUAAACAGUAUAAUAGAUUUGUUGAUUAAUAGUAUGUGUCCCAAUACAUUUCUAUAUAAAUAUUAUGUUUUGUUUUAUUGGGUAUUCAUCACUACUAUUGCUAAUCUGUUUAAUCUAAAGAUAGAUUCCAUGGUAAAACUGAGAGUUGUCAAGCUGAAGUUACUAAAUAUUCACAAUAAUCAUACACAUCAUAAAUAAAAUGUAGAAUAUUUGUGCCAUUGGAAAUUUAUUGGCAAAUAUAACAAAUUUUAUUUUGUGAUA